CCCCCCGGCGCCGUGCACUUCCUCAACAACCUGCAAGGCAAGGAAGUGCACGGCCAGGUCCUGGACGUGCUGCUUCCGCACCGCCUGAUCCUGCUGGAGGUGCCCGAUCUCUUCCAGCAGAUGCUGCAGCUCGGCCUGGCCCGCCAGGUGCCCGAGAGCCUCUUCCGCUCCCUGCUCAAGCGCUACCUUGCGGCGGCCAUCACGGGCUUGGGGCCCGGGGCUGUGGUUCUCCCGCGAGCCCUGCCUAAGCAAGAGCCGCCUGGCCUGGAUUACUUCUAUCCCCAGCUACAGCUGGGCGUGACCGAGCCCGUAGUGGUCACCCAAGUGUGCCACCCGCACCGCAUUCACUGCCAGCUGCGGAGCCUCUCGCAGGAGAUCCACCGCCUCUCAGACAGCAUGGCCCAGGUAUACCACCAGGGCUCCCUAGGGACUGGCGAUGAGAACUCUCUCAGUGCCACCUGGGAGGAGAGGGAGGCCGAGGAGAACCCUGACAAGCCUGGCGCCCCGUGUGCUUCCUGUGGGUUAGAUGGGCAUUGGUACAGGGCCCUCUUGCUUGAAAUGUUUCGGCCGCAGCGCUGUGCCCAGGUGCUUCACGUCGAUUAUGGCAGGAAGGAGCUAGUGAGUUGUAGUAGUCUUAGGUACUUGCUGCCGGAAUAUUUCCGGAUGCCAGUAGUCACCUACCCUUGUGCUUUGUACGGACUCUGGGACGGUGGGAGGGGCUGGACCAGGUCACAAGUCGGUGACCUCAAAGCACUGAUUUUGGGCCAGGCCGUGAAUGCAAAGAUUGAAUUCUAUUGUGCUUUCGAGCAUGUGUACUACGUCACACUAUAUGGAGAAGAUGGGAUUAACCUUAACUGUGUGUUUGGCGUGCGGUCCUGUUGCUUGGCGGACAGAUUCCUUCAGAACCAGGGAGUCGAGGAGGAGGAGGAGGAGGAAGAGGCAGAGGCCGCUCUUCACCCUCAAUCUCCUUGGGAGGAAAUGGACGAGGAGCUCUCGCUCCCGGCCUUAAGAUCGAUCAGAUUAAAGAUGAACGCCUUCUACGACGCCCAGGUAGAGUUUGUGAAAAGCCCUUCUGAGUUUUGGAUUCGGUUGAGGAAGCACAGUGGCACCUUCAGCAAGUUGAUGCGGAGGAUGUGCAGUUUCUAUUCCUCCGCCACUAAGCUGGACGGCGUAGUUUUGAAACCUGAGCCCGAUGACCUUUGCUGUGUCAAGUGGAAAGAAAACGGCUAUUUCCGGGCCAUUGUCACCAGACUCAAUGACACAAGUGUCGAUCUGUUCUUGGUGGACCGAGGCAAUUCCGAAAAUGUGGACUGGUCUGAAGUCCGGAUGUUGCUUCCUCAGUUUCGGCGGCUCCCGAUAUUGGCCCUGAAAUGCACGCUAGCCGAUAUUUGGCCUCUGGGGAAAAGUUGGAGCCAGGAGGCAAUCUCUUUCUUCAAAAAGACCGUGCUUCACAAAGAAUUAGUUAUCCAUAUCCUUGACAGGCAGAAUCAUCAAUAUGUUAUUGAGAUCCUGGAUGAAUCCAGGACGGGGGAAGAAAACAUCAGUAAGGUCAUUGCUCAGGCUGGCUAUGCCAAGUAUCAGGAAUUUGAGAUGAAGGAUAAGCCCCCUGUUGGAGCCUAUUCCCCAUGGCCUGUUUCAAGCCAUUGUACCACAGACAAUAACAACGUGUCUUUUCUCGGGAAGGCAGAAAAAGACCAGAAAGCAAAGAGAGAGCAGGAAGCCCCAUCUGUUUCAGAAGCUCUGGCUGGCCCAACAGUUGUUACAAAUGUUUCAGCUGGGCCUGGUUUGCAGGAGAAAGGGACGAAAACACCUGCUUGUACUCCCCCUGCAUGCACUCCCCUUGCCCAGAGCAAGUGGCAAAUGAACGCAGGCCCUUCUUGUAAAGAAGAGCUGGAGGUGGGAAGUACAGUGGAAGUCAAAGUGUCGCACGUUGAGAACCCUGGCUACUUUUGGUGCCAGCUAACGAGGAACAUACAAGGCUUUAGAACGCUAAUGAGUGACAUUCAGGACUACUGCAAAAACACAGCCACCCCUUACCAGGGACUCUCCCCAGCCUGUUUGGCCAAACGGACAGUAAGUGGGAAGUGGGCCCGAGCUGUGAUUGACGGGGCACCAUCUGCAGAGCAGAUCAAAGUCACCUUUAUAGAUUAUGGAGACAAAGAUACGGUGCCAGUGAAGAAUGUUUACUCAACCAGGGAGGAGUUUCUGACAGUCAAAGCGCAGGCUUUUCAGUGUAGCCUUUAUAAUUUAAUUCAGCCCAGCGGCCCGAACCCCUUGGCUUGGGAUGAAGAGGCAAUACAAACUUUCAACAAGUUUAUAGAUAACGCAUGGGAAGGCAACCUAGAAUUAAAAUGCACAAUAUUUGCCUUGGCGUCCAUCCACGACGCGGAGUACUUUCAUGUGGUGGAUUUGCUAACCCCGUUCCAGAGUGCUUGCUGUACUUUGGUGGAAAAGGGACUGGCAAAACCAGUGAACCUCCAGAAACCUCUGGAACCCUCUGUCCGCCUACACUCCUACUACUAUUCUACACACGAUGUGAAAAUUGGAAGCGAGGAAGCCGUAUACAUAACUCAUGUAGACCAAUCUUGGACGUUUUACUGCCAACUGGCAAGAAACGCAAAGAUCUUUGAGCAGUUGUCAUGCCAUAUUGCACAGUUACGCAAAGCGUCGCUCCACUUAGAAGCAGCUCCCUUGGGCCGUGGCACCUUGUGCCUUGCCAAGUAUAUAGAUGAGAACUGGUACAGGGGGAUAGUGAUGGAAAAAGAGCCAAGUAAAAUCUUCUUUGUUGAUUUCGGGAAUGUUUACACAGUCGCAAACGACGAUCUGCUUCCCAUACCCGGUGACGCAUACGAUGUCUUACUGUCACCCAUGCAAGCUGUGAAGUGUACCUUGUCUGAUAUCCCCGAUCGGAUCCCAGAAGAAGUUACCACCUGGUUUCAGGACACGAUUUUAGAUAAGUCACUGAAGGCCUUGGUGGUAGCAAAAGAUUCAGAUGGGAGGCUCAUCGUAGAACUGUAUGAUGGCAGUGUUCAAAUUAAUGCCGCCGUCACUGAGAAGUUGGGGCUCCUUGGUUACAAAGGCAAGGCCAGGCAAAAGGAAGCCCCCCGCCUCUGUGCGGCUCACACCCUGGAAGAACCAGGUGAAAACAGGAACUUGUCACUGACGACGGAAUAUUUGAGUAAACCCGAGGAGGACAAGUUACACAGUGUGGAGUUUGCGGGAGAUUCGUGCACACCUACGGUCAGCUCAGCCUGCAGAGAACUCACGGUUUUACAAAGUCCAACCAAGACAAACGCGGCCAUGAAAUACCAGAACCCCUUGGGCCACCAGAACCGCCCAGCAUCUCCGUUAGCAAAACAAACGAAGGAAGGAGCUGUGGCUAAGUCACCUUUGAAGGCGGCAAAACUAGAAACCGUUGCCUUGGAGAAAAAACCCGGAGACUGUAAUCAAGAUGCGCCUCUCAAAUAUUCCGAGUUCCCUCGGAAGACUGUAAAGCCUGGCUUUAAAACAACCGUGUAUGUUUCUCACAUAAAUGACCUUUCAGACUUUUACGUUCAGCUCCUGGAAGAUGAAGCCGUAAUCAAUCAUCUCUCGGAGAGCUUAAAUGAUAGCAGGAGACCCCCUGACCACUAUGCAGGUCCACCUUUGCAAACAGGAGACGUCGUAUGUGCCAUGUUCCCAGAAGACAAUUUAUGGUAUCGGGCUGUGGUUGUGGACCGACAACCAAAUGACCUUUUCUCCGUACAGUUCAUAGAUUAUGGCAACGUUUCUGUGGUUUGUGUUAACAAAAUAGGGAGGCUUGACAUGAUGCACGCAACAUUACCAGGACUGUGCAUUCAUUGCUCCUUAGAGGGACCUUGGGCUCUGGAGAGGACAAACCAGAAGGAAAUGAUGCACUACUUUUCCCAAAGGACAGAUGGGGUGCAAAUCAGAUGUGAAUUUGUUCAGUUUCAAGGAAGGUGGGAAGUGAUUCUUGCUGAUGAAUGUGGGAUCAUAGCAGAAUACAUGAUUAGCAGGUACGAUUUCAACGAAAAAUCUGAAGGAGAACUUACUGCCCAAGCAAAGAAAGGCACCGUUCUAAAGUCUGCUGACAAACCAGACAUUGAUACGUCAGUCUUCCUUAACUGGUACGAUCCGGAGAUGAAGGUGCUAAGAGUUUAUGCAUCAGUGAUAGAUGGACCUGAGUACUUUUGGUGUCAGUUUGCCAAUACAGAGAAGCUUCAGUUCUUAGAAAUAGAAGUACAGGCUGCUGGGCAUCUGUUGGCAACAUGGAGAAAUUGUAUCACAUACCCUCACAUUGGAGAUCCGUGCAUAGUGAGGUACAGGGAGGAUGGGCAAUACUACAGGGCACUCGUCACGAGAAUUUGCGAAGAUGAUCUUAUCUCUGUCAGGCUUGUGGACUUUGGCAACACCGAAGACUGUGUGGAUCCCAAAGCAAUCUGGAAUCUACCUGCUGAGCUCCUGUUGGUUCCCAUGCAAGCCUUUCCCUGCUGCCUCUCGGGAUUUAACGUUUCAGAAGGAGCGUGCCCUCCUGAGGGCAAUGACUAUUUUUUCGAAAUAGUAACCGAAGAUGUCUUGGAGCUAACCAUACUUGACAUCAAAAGGGAUAUUUGUGGCAUUCCUUUAGCAAUUGUUGACUUAAGGAGCAAGGGUGAAAGUAUUAAUGAGAAAAUGAAGAAAUACUCCAGGAGGGGAAUGACUAACUGUGAUCCAGCCCAUGACAAAUGUCUAGAGACAAAGGGAGCCCUGGGGUACUCCAGUCCUGAUGUUGGAUUUCAGAUACAGAGCGGUAGAACUGGACAGAAGACCUUAUAUUCAGAGCCACUCGCAGACGAGCUCUCCAAAAAACCAGAAAAGGGCUUCAACAUUAUGGAAGCCAACUCCUGUAAGGCCCGUGACCAGGAGACGAAGAAGACUAUUUUUGAAGCAUUUGAAAGCCCCCACAAAGACACAGUUGGUCCUGGGGUGCUGGAUGGUAAAGCAGAGUGCCAUGUAGUUGACCAAACAAAGGUUGAUGAAUACUUAAAUCCAGGUCAAAACAAAGUAGUGCCGCGUGCCUGUGAAGCAAGGGCGCUAUUGAAACUGAAUGCCCUUGAGCUGCCACUCGGUCUGGAGGGCACAUCAAAGGAAUUCUUAGAACUGGAAUCUGAGUUAGAGCUUUCUCGAGUUGGGAUGGGAGAUCAAGAGCUCACUGUCGUGCCCCCGAUGGUCCCCCUUACUCAGUGCUGUGAUAGAGUAGGGGUCUGGGAAGCCGAGAAACAGCCAGAACUGGAACUGCCCACGGAGCAGCCCUCCCGAGAUGGCAUAAUGCCUCCGUUGCCUUUAAAAUUGAGUCGGAAAGCCCAAGAGCCCGUGUGUGUUGAGGACACCAGGAAGCCAAGCUGUGCCGAUGGCUUUGAUGACCCCCCCGGGACCCCACUACAACGAUGGGGACAGAGUCGCAGUCCCCAAACUCAGAUGGAGAGGAAGGCCUUUGAAGGCGAAUUGACCGACUGUAAGAAGAGGGGUGCCCUUUCACCGUUGACAUCGUUGACGCCCCUGUUCCCCGAGAAGGAACCCAGGGAGGGAUGGAAGCACAGUCACACUGUCCCAGCUCGUGCCUCAGCUCAACCAGAGAACACCUAUACGCUGAAGGGAUUUACUGUGGGGUCCAAAUGUGUCGUCUGGUCCACUCUGAGACACACCUGGUCUAUGUGUGAGAUCAUGGAAAUAGCCGAGGAAGGCACCAGGGUUUUGAACCUUUCGAAUGGUCUGGAGGAGACAGUGGACCCUGACAAUGUCUGGGACGGCAUCCCCGACCUGGCUAAGGGCCCGUCUGAGGUAUCCCACCGUGCAAUCCAAAAUGAAUGAGAACAUUGCCCUUCACGUUGAAAGGUUCCUUAAGAAAACAAUCCCAAAGUCCUUGUGGUAGGAAAAGGAGACACAGCAAUUCCAAAGAGCAAUUAAAAAAAAAAAAAUCAAGGGUUUCUGGCCUUCAGAGAAAAUGAAGGAUUAUUGUUUGGUUACUUGAUUUUCACCUUGGGAUUUAAAAAAUAAAAAUUGUUGGGCAUCAUGACUUUUGAAAAACUAACUCUUGGUGUAAAAAACUUGGGAAAUAUGGCAUAAUUAAGGAGUGGAAAGCCACAGUCGCAUGUAGUAUGCACACACCGGGGGUUAGCAGGCAUUUUUAUCUCAUGUUGAAAUUUUACAUGGCACGUAAGUGUGUCAUCUGUGUAGUUAGGAGCCCCGCUGGGCCAAUGGUGAAGCAUGGGGCUGCUCAUGGACAUGGGGCUCUGCUUCUGCAAAGUUACACCAGGAAGUCCUUUGGGGGCAGUUCUGCUGUGCCACACAGGGCCACUAUGAGUUGGAAGCAACUUCGUGACAUGCAGUGAUGUCUACAUAAUUUGAUCAUAAUUGAUUUCAUUCGACAUAUAUUUGGAAUGAUGUUUUUUUUGUUUAAAACUACGGUGAGUAAUUUUUCAUGCCAUUAUUUAGCCAGUUUGGAAAUUGCUGAACUUUUUAUUUUUAAAUAGGUUUGUCUGAUGGUUCUACUCCACGGUCUUGUCAGGUAUUGCAUCUGUUGGUGGCUUUUCCCCUUCAGGAAUAUGAUAGGUUU